CUGCGGCGGCGGAAAUGACAGUGUGGUGCUGCCGUGGUGUCAUGGUGCUGCCCCUGGACUGAGGGAAAGAAAACUCUUUUAAGUUCAGCCGGGGAGAGCCGACCGCGAGAACGUCGCGGCCGCCGGGCUAUUUGUUCCCUACGGGCCUUGCGGACUGGUGGAUUCCUGGCUGCUGCGCGGUGGCGGUGGCGGCGGCGGCGGCGGAGCGGCAGCUGCGGCGGGCGGCGGCCUAGAGUGGUGGCGGCGGCCCGGGAGCUCGCGCCGGAGCCCAAGCCAGCUCGUUGAGGAGGCAGGCGAGCACCCGGCGGUCCCUGGCGCGCGGAGGAGAUGGCUGGCACCUGGGAACGCUAUGGGUGAAAGCCCAGCCUCUGUGGUUCUUAAUGCCUCAACAGGAUUAUUUUCACUAAAGAUGGAAACACUGGAGUCUGAAUUGACCUGUCCAAUCUGUCUAGAGUUGUUUGAAGACCCCCUUCUUCUCCCUUGUGCUCAUAGCCUCUGCUUCAGCUGUGCCCAUCGCAUCUUGGUCUCGAGCUGCAGCUCUGGUGAAUCCAUUGAACCCAUUACAGCUUUCCAGUGUCCCACCUGCAGGUAUGUUAUCUCACUGAACCACCGGGGCCUAGAUGGCCUCAAGAGGAAUGUGACACUCCAGAACAUUAUUGAUCGCUUCCAGAAGGCUUCCGUCAGUGGGCCCAAUUCACCAAGUGAGAACCGCCGGGAGAGGACUUACAGGCCCAGCACCGCCAUGUCUAGUGAAAAAAUUGCUUGCCAAUUCUGUGAGCAGGACCCACCAAGGGAUGCAGUGAAAACAUGCAUCACCUGUGAGGUCUCCUACUGUGACCGUUGUCUGCGGGCCACACACCCUAACAAGAAACCAUUCACCAGCCACCGCCUGGUAGAACCAGUGCCAGACACACAUCUUCGAGGAAUCACCUGCCUGGACCACGAGAAUGAGAAAGUGAAUAUGUACUGUGUAACUGACGACCAGUUGAUCUGUGCCUUAUGCAAACUGGUGGGUCGUCACCGAGACCAUCAGGUUGCAUCCUUGAAUGAUCGGUUUGAGAAACUCAAGCAAACUCUGGAGACGAACCUUACCAACCUGGUAAAACGCAACAGCGAACUAGAAAAUCAAAUGGCCAAACUAAUACAGAUCUGCCAGCAGGUUGAGGUGAAUACUGCUAUGCAUGAAGCAAAGCUCAUGGAAGAAUGUGACGAAUUGGUAGAAAUCAUCCAGCAAAGGAAGCAAAUGAUUGCUGUCAAAAUCAAAGAGACAAAGGUUAUGAAACUGAGAAAGUUGGCACAGCAGGUUGCUAAUUGCCGCCAAUGUCUUGAACGGUCAACAGUCCUCAUCAACCAAGCUGAGCAUAUCCUGAAAGAAAAUGACCAGGCACGGUUUCUACAGUCUGCAAAAAAUAUUGCUGAGAGGGUCGCUAUGGCAACUGCAUCUUCUCAAGUUCUGAUUCCAGACAUCAAUUUUAAUGAUGCCUUUGAAAACUUUGCUUUAGAUUUUUCCAGAGAAAAGAAACUGCUGGAGGGGCUAGACUAUUUAACAGCCCCAAACCCACCAUCUAUCCGAGAGGAACUCUGUACUGCCUCCCAUGACACCAUUACAGUCCACUGGAUCUCUGAUGAUGAGUUCAGCAUCAGCUCCUAUGAGCUUCAGUACACCAUAUUCACUGGCCAGGCUAACUUCAUCAGCCUGUAUAAUUCAGUGGAUAGCUGGAUGAUUGUGCCCAACAUUAAACAGAAUCAUUACACAGUGCAUGGACUCCAGAGUGGGACCCGCUACAUCUUCAUUGUUAAAGCCAUAAACCAGGCAGGCAGCCGGAACAGUGAACCAACCCGAUUGAAAACAAACAGCCAGCCCUUUAAACUGGAUCCCAAGAUGACUCAUAAGAAGUUGAAGAUCUCUAAUGAUGGGCUGCAGAUGGAGAAGGAUGAAAGCUCUCUGAAGAAAAGUCAUACUCCAGAGAGGUUUAGUGGUACAGGAUGCUAUGGGGCAGCAGGAAAUAUAUUCAUUGACAGUGGCUGCCACUACUGGGAGGUUGUCAUGGGUUCCUCGACAUGGUAUGCGAUUGGUAUUGCCUAUAAAUCAGCUCCAAAGAAUGAAUGGAUUGGCAAGAAUGCUUCUUCAUGGGUCUUCUCUCGCUGUAAUAGUAACUUCGUGGUGAGACAUAACAACAAGGAGAUGCUGGUGGAUGUACCCCCGCAGCUGAAGCGUCUGGGGGUCCUCCUGGAUUAUGACAACAACAUGCUGUCUUUCUAUGAUCCAGCUAACUCUCUCCACCUCCAUACUUUUGAUGUGACCUUCAUCCUUCCAGUUUGUCCAACAUUCACAAUCUGGAACAAAUCCCUCAUGAUACUGUCUGGCUUGCCUGCCCCUGAUUUCAUUGAUUACCCUGAGCGGCAGGAAUGCAACUGCAGGCCCCAAGAAUCUCCCUAUGUUUCUGGGGUGAAGGCUUGCCAUUAGGUCUCAAGAGAGCAUAGAAUUCACUGGCUCUCCAGGUCAGCAGUCCCUGCUUUCAUAAACCUCAAUUAGCAUUCAACAUAUGAGAUACAAAAUAAAGUUCAUUUGAAGCAUCCCAAGUAACUAGAUACUGUAGAUUUAAUUUGUGCAUUAAAACUUGUAUUUGAAUUAAUAUAUUGAGUUUCUCAGAAUGAAUAAUCUGAGUAGUCUGAGUUCAAACCAUGGAACCAAGAAGAAAUUUAGAGAAUGUCUCUGCUGUCAUUGGAAAAAUUUUAAAUUCCCAGUGAUAUCAGAGUAUAAAUGGUAUUGGAAGGAAUUAGAGUAAUUCAAGAUAAAUAAUGUAGAAAGAUGCUCUGAAGAAGGGUCUAGUCAGCCAGAAGUAAGGACUAUGGGCAGCCUUCUUAGUGCUGGCCUCUUUGGCCAAAUACCAUUUCUAACAGUGUCAAAUUCUCACAUAUUGUGUUGCUUUUGUCAAAAACCUACAACCAAGAAUUUGUUAUAAGGAAACAAUUGUGUAUAUGUAACAUACAAAAUGAACAAAGUUUCUAAGCUGCUCUUUUGAGUGAGAAAUAAACCUUAAAGGAAACAUCAAAAUAAGCCCCUCACUCCCUCCAGUUCUUCUUUCCUUAUUCUACACACUCAAUCAUGACAUAGAUCAUGAGAUAGCGAGAAGAACUCCAGGUGGGAUUAGGAGAGAUUUGGAGACACUAUUGCACAAGAGAUACUACUGCUGAAUAGAAAUCUGAUAUAGCUAGAAGAGUCCUAUGUAGCACAAUUUCUCAAAUGCUUCUUAAUGGAGGAAGUCCAUCUAAAGUGUUUUUCUUUAAACUGAAAGAAUGUUUCAAAGAAUUACAAUCCUGUUACUCUCAAGUACAGUUACUAGCAUUAGACUGAAAAGAUGGUUCUAUAGUAAAUUUCUUUAGGAAUUUGCUUUAUUUAACCUGUAGGAAUCGAGUGUUAAGAUACAACUAUUUGCAUAGAUGUAUUUUCAGAUAAGUGCUUUGGAAGUUUUGAAGAAUGUCUAACGUUUUUUUCCUUAAACAAAUUAAGUGAUCAUUCCUCUUACACUCUUGUUUACACUAUUCAUUGGUUUAGCCAACCCUUCCUGGAAAAUAAAGAAAUAAACUUCCUCCAAGUCUUCACCAGUGUAGUCAAAGGCUGAGUAGUCUGUGAUUAUGUCAGCUCAGCUUCAGGGGUUGGCCAUAUCAGGAGCCAGAGCUUUGCCAGAGCUAAGGCUGCUUCAAGCAGUCUACUCCUUUGGAACUGUCGAAAUGUUAUAGCUGUACAGUUCCAAAGAGGUAUCCGUAACAACCCCUAAAGGUUGGAGCUUUGAAACAACAUCAGAACUUCCCCACUCCUUGUUUCCAUGGGCUUGGUGGAUGUUCAUUUCUUAAUCUGUUCAAUGAACUCUUAGAAGGUAUCCCUACUACCAUGGAUGUGCACUUAUUCACAAAACACGUUCCUUGCUCUCGAAUGGCUUGUUAUCUGUAGAAGACAUAUACAUCUCUGUUUCAGUUACAGUUGUGUAUUGUCUGUUCACUUAACAUGGAAAACAAGACUGAUGGAGAUUUUUUUAAAAAGGCUCAAACUGUAAAUCUAAUAGAAAAGUUGUUUGUAGAGACUAUAGCAACCUCCCUACGAUUCAACAGCACUGCUAAAUAGCUUGCUGUAGUGAAAAGCCCAGAAUCUUUGGCAUAAAAUGAUUCUAGCUUAUCUAUCAUUUACUAAUCAUGUGACCUAGAGAGCAAGUACUUCACCUCUCUGAGCCUGCUUUCUCUUCUGUAAAAUAACAUCUGCGACACACGGGGGUUUCAAAAAUAUAAAAUGAUAGCAUGUUUCAACUGCCUAGCACAGUAUCUGGCAUUUGUUAAUUGUGCCAUAAAUAUUAACCUCCUCCCUAUAUUUAGCCCCGCUACAAUAUAGUGGUGCUUUAAAAUAUCUUUCAUUUUAAAGUUUCCUUCAUUCCUCAGUUAUCUUGGUCUCUUCCCUUAAGGCUGUCUCCAAAUUCUUUAAUGAAACAAAUAGCUUUCCUCCUUUCAUAGCACAUUCCACUGACUCUUAGCAUUCAGUAGGAGACCACAAUUCCUUAGAAUUUGGAUUUGGUGUUCUUGUUGGCUUUCCCAGCUUUAUCUUUUGCCAUGACUGUGCUUACUGAGUUAAACUAUUUAUACAAGUUAUUCUUUGGGCUCACAGCAGAGACAUUAGUAUUUUUAAUGUCCAGAUUCAUCACUAGGAAUUUCUCUUAAAUUAAGUGAAUAGUGUGAAAAUGCUGUGUAAGUGUGGAACAUUCCACCUCCACCCUAGUCCAGUUUCCUUUGUCUUGUAUUUGACACUCCAGCGUCAUUAUUUUUGUGCCCUUUAGAUUUUAGUACCCUGAGACAAAGUUUUAAUUUGCCCACCUUACUUUUGACCUUAGCUUGGGCUACAUUUCCCUAUACCUGCCUCACUCAAUCAGACCAACUCCUGAUCUGUCUUUUUGAGCAAUAAUCACAUUGCAUUGUAGUCUGUUUCAAAGGAUAUUCUUCAGACCACCCAUGUUAGAACUGCCUUUGUUGUUGGUAAAACAAUUAAUAUCUCAGGACCAACUCCUGAUCUACUUAAUUGGAAUAUCUGGGAACAUUGGUAGAAAUUUUCAUUUUUUGACAAUUUCUUCAAGUUAUUUCAAUGCACACAAAUAUUUAAUGAGUACUAAUCAUCUUCUGUGUUAGACUGAAGUCCAUGAGGACAAGGACUUUUUCUUUUAUUGUGGCUAUAAUAUUUUUAAUACCAGGCACAGUGUCUAGACCAGAGUGGUGACCUGGUUAAUGUAUAUUGAAUGAUGGAUGGAUGAAUGAAAACUCAAAGUUCCCGCCUUAUACUCUGAUAUCCACAGUGGUAUAUUUUAUCCUGAGCAGAAAAGCUUGAUGGCUUCCUCAUUAGAGCUGUAUUGUUACUAUUUUUCAUAAGCACCAGGACUUAUACAUAUAGUUGAGCACUGUCCUUAAAAACUCUUCAGCAAUUGUCUUGGAGAAUUACCUUUAGAGUGUGUGGCACCUUUCUUUUCAACAUUUUAAUUUUUUAAAAAUUUGAAGAUGGAUAUAAAUGUUGGGUGUAGCCAAAAAUCACUCAGAGCUAAGUCUGCAAAAUAAAGUCAGAAACUAAAUUGGCUUUGGGGUAAUCAAUGAAGGUUGACUCUUAAGUCCCGAUGUAGGAGCCAAAUAAUGGAGAGUUAUUUCCAAGAUGCAACAAAGUACUUAGUGGGCAUGUGGUGAGUCCCAAAUAACUACUUCAGUAAAUUUAAGACUUCAUUGAAUACAGGAAGUGUUGGAGACCUUAAGAGAAGUUAUUGCUUACCUCUAGAUAGACCCAGUUGAACAAAGAGAAUAGGAUUGAUAUUUAAAUUAGAGAAGGUGAUGCCAUAAGAUUUUCUUGGUUUUGUGUGUUUUGUUUUGUGGGGUUUUUUUUAAUUCAGUCUAUUCUCUACACAUCUUUCUGUUUGAAAAGCAUUUUCUGUCUGCAACUUCUGCUUGUUUUUAGUUUUUAUAUUCUCAUAUUGAACAAAGCACAAAAUAGUCAAAAUAACAUUAAACUUGCUUUGAGAAUAUGAAAAAUUUUAAUGCCAUAUUGAAGUAAGUAUUUGUAAGUAAGAAUGACUGCAUCUGGACCUGUUUUUAGUAUGUAAUUCCAUUGUGCGUCUUUGGAUGCAGUGAAAUUCAGAUGGCAGCAAAAUCAUCUAUAUAUGCUUUUUAGCUACAACACACUAGGUGAAUUUUCUAAGCUUCCAUGGUUUACAUAUUUAUAUAUGACUACUUGGAUGGAGCAAUCCAGAGACGGACUUUCAAAUAAGUUCAAAUAUUUGAUACCCUUUCUUCCAACAGAGACUGUAAGGCAGGUAAAUAAGAACCACCAUCAUACUUAUUUCUAGCUCCUGAAGCAAGUUACAGCCUUGGAGCCACUGAACUCUUUUUUGGCUGUGUUUUACAGGUCAGAUGGACUAAUUGCCAUCAAGUCAGACAAAAUUGCCUCUUAUGGUGGGGGUCUGCCAACUCCAGACAUAUGCUGUGUUGUUAUUGCUUAGAAUAUUUAUUGGACUAUUGUUGGACUAUUUUUUAUCUAAUGCUUUACCCCAGGCCUGUUUGUACUGGGAGCUCUGGACUAGUACUGUCUCUCCAAGUGAUGGAAAUAUGAACAUCUGCAGAUUAUACAGCCUCAUCCCUCUCUAAAAUAUCCCAGCCCAUCCAAAAUGCUAUAUUAUGAAUUAAAUAAAUAUAUAAUGAAUUCA